AUGGCUUCGGACCUCGUCGCGUACGUUUCCAAGCUAUUACCAGGCACGACGCUCCCUGAUGUUUCUCCAGCUGAUAUAAAGAAGAAAGAUUAUAGCUCUGUCCUAGAAGCUUUGAGUCCAAAAUUGCCGCAAUUACUGGCGUUAGACGCUGAAACCGACGUCGAGGGAGUCUUUUCUUUGCUGUUUACUAUCAUUUUGCAAGCCCCCAAGCCUGAAAGCGAGUUACUGAAGCUUCUACAGGCUAUACAGGAUGAGAAUAAAGCCAGUUCUGUGCUGCGUCUGCGUAUUGUUGCUUUGCUGUUUAAUAAGGCAAAGACAUUGCCCAAGGUGCAACUCCAGGCGCUGCUGAAUCUUCUAGCGCUUGCAUCGAGCUCAGAAAAUAUUGAUCUCGUGGCUCCCUACUUGACACAAGUAGAGACGUUGUUGGAUAUGCAACAUGUGAGUGUGGACGAUCUUCGUGCGCUGCUUUUGGCCGUAGCGAACGUGCUGGACCGGAACGACGAUAAGUUAAAGGUGCUGACUGUGCUGGAAAAGUAUUUGGCCACGUAUGAAAAGGGACAACUGGACAAGGAGCAAGCUUUGCGUGCAUGCAAAAUUGUGCUGCAAAACCCUGUGGCUAGUUUCUUAGCCCGUGUGGACUUGGCUAGCUUGGCGGUCGUGCAAACCUCGCUUCAGACUGACAAGAUCUACGAGCUGCUAGAUAUUGUAUCGACCAAAACACUAAAGGAGUUUAUCGUUUUCCAAAAAAGUGCUGGUGAUGUGUUUACAGAGAACGGGCUACAGGAGGCUGAACUAGUUGAUACGAUGCGUCUCUUUACGCUAUGUUCAUUGCCAACAGGAUUUAAGGCAAAUUCUUAUAGUGAUGUAGCGACGGCGCUGGAUGUGGAAGAAGAGAAAGUAGAGAAUUGGGUUGUGCGUGCAAUUACAGUUGGGCUUGUGAAUGCCAAGAUUGACCAGCUUGCUCGUACGGUGACCAUCUUGUCCUCGCUGCAGCGUCGUUUUGGUGUUGACCAAUGGAAGGAAAUUGACACGAAGCUGCAAUUAUACAAGAAAAACGUCGGUGGCUUGUUGGAUAUUAUCAGAAAUGCGCGUCGUGCUCAGGAACAGCAGUAG